AUGUCUUCAACAGAUUUAAAGAGUAGACUUCGUGAAUUAAAACAACAACAACAAGUAAUCCAAGUAAAGGAACAAGAAUAUAAAGAUAAGAACGAGGAAUUUACAAAGGAUGUUCAAGCAUUGUAUGAAUCAGAUUCUGAGGAUGAAGAAGAUGAAACUUCCGGAGUAGAAGCAACCACAACUGAAGUAACAUCUGAAGAUAUGACAGACAUAAACGAAGAAGAAGAAGAAGAUAAGAAACCAUUUUUCCAAAAUAGAAAGGAAGAAGCUGUUACUAAAAUUGCAGCCCUCUUUGAAAACUUAAAGUCCUCACGUAAUAUUGGACAAGAAAAUAACAAGGAUGGUAAACAAUCGGGUGAUGCCAAACAAGGUGUCGAUUUUUCAAAUACUAUUAGAACAUUUGUAAUUAGAAAACUUCCACACGGAUUCUAUGAAGAAGAAGUUACAAAAUUCUUCUCUCAAGUCGGAACUGUUAUCAAUGUCAGAGUACCAAGAAGUAAGAAUACUGGUCAUCCACUCAACAAGGCCUAUGUCCAAAUGGAAGAUCCUGAAAUUGCUAAAAUGAUUGUAGAAACUUUUGAUUAUUAUCUGCUGAAUGAUAGAGUUAUUCGUGUUUCCAUGUUAGAUGGUGACAAUCCAUUGGCUAGACAAAAGCAAAUUUUCAAAUUCAAGAAGGAAGAUGCUCAUAGCUCUAUUCUUGAAAAUGGUGUUGCUGCCCAAUUGAAGAAACAACAAAAACUUAUCUGUAACCUUGCUCGUGGUGAUUCAUCAAAGAUUUCAAAGAAAACAAAGAAAAAUCAAAAGGAAUAUUUGAGGAAAAUACGAAACAAGUUACAAAAGAAGCUCAAAGAAACAUCUAAUAAAUAA